AUGUUCACUGGAUCUGGUACAUUGUAUCUGAUAUUGUUAAUAGCAGAACUGGUCAUUGGAAUGCUGGGGAAUGCAUUCAUUGGAGUGGUAAACUGUUUGGAAUGGGUCAAGAACCGAAAGAUCUCCUUAGCUGACUGCAUCAUCACCUGUUUGGCUGUCUCUAGAUUUUGUUAUCUGUUGGUGGCGUUGUUUGAUUCAUAUACAGUAGUACUAUCUCCAUAUUCGUAUGGCCUUCAUAAAUUAUCGAUCUCUGUCACUAGACUUUGGAGUGUGAUCAAUUAUGUUACAACCUGGUUUGCCACGAGCCUAAGCAUUUUAUACUUCCUCAAGAUAGCCCACUUCUCCCACCCGCUUUUCCUUUGGCUGAAGUGGAGAAUGAACAGAGUGGUUCUUGGACUUCUUGUAUUUUCUUUGUUCAUCCUGACUUAUGAUUUUCUAUUGCUAGAUAGCCUUACUGGUGUCUUACUAUAUGUCUAUGGGAUAGAUARAAGUAAUCUAACUUUAUAUUCAGAUGAAAGUAAAAUUCCUGGUGUUAAGAGACUAAUUCUUCAUGGCUUGAACUAUCUGAUCCCCUUUGUUCUGACUCUGGCCUCACUGCUCCUUUUAUUUCUGUCCUUGGCGAGACACACCAGAAAUCUGGAACUCGGCUCCAUUGGCUCUGGGGAUGCCAGCACCAAGGCCCAGAAGGCCAUGAAAAUGGUGUUGUCUUUCCUCUUCCUCUUCAUAAUUCACUUGUUUUCCAUGCAAGUGUCGCCUUGGCUCUAUCUUGCAUCUCAGAAAAGCAAGUUAUUAUUUUUUUUUACAUUAGCAUUAAAUAUCUUUCCUUCAGGCCACCCAUUCAUUCUGAUUCUGGGAAAUAGCAAGCUGCAACAGACAGCMUCAAGGGUUCUGUGGCAUCUUAAAUGUCACCUGAAAAGAGCAAAUCCCUUAGCUUUACACAUACGCUUCCCAGAGUCUUUUCUGAGAAAGUAA